AUGGAAGCCACAUUAUGUGAGUUCAGGGCUGGUAAAUUAAGGCUUCAGAAUGGACAGCUGGUCCCCGACACGCGAAAGGGGCUCGCGAAGCUUAUACAGACCGAGGAUACGCUCGUCCACGUGCAAUGGUACGAGCGUACGGCAACUGGCACUGUUGACGUGCCUGAGGAUGAUAUCAUCGUGUUUCCGGGAGAGGCGACCCUCGAAAUGAUCCCUGGCCAGCGCGCAGCCGUGCUCAAGUUCGUGGACGACCGGACCCGGGACAUGUUCUUCUGGUUUCAGGUUCCCCAGCCGGAGGGCGAUACGGCCUUGGUGGCCUCUUUCAAUGCGGCGCUGGCUGGAGCACACGAGCUGGGGGAUGCCUCAACCGGCGGCAAUGGUGGAGGUGGAGGUGGGGGAAACGGGUCGGAGUGGGCGGUGGACGGCCUCGCGCCCACAUCGGCUGUGGAGCACGCGCAUGUGGCGAGUGAGGCGGGGGCGGGGGCCAUGCUGGGUCAGGGCCAGUCCGUGGGGCAGCUGCCCACAGCACCCGCACAAACGCCGGGCAGCAUAGCAGCCACGAAUGCGCAGGCUGGUCACCUGGCGGCCAUCUUAGGCAAUGCCAUCGCUGCGGGGCUGGGUGGCGGGUCGCGUCCGGCGUACGGCCCUGAAGAGCAGCUGGCGCAGAGCCUGCUAGCCCAGCUGGCGGCGGUGCAGGGUCACAACCGACGAACCGCGGUGGCCCCCGGACCGUCCCUGGCGGAAGUGCUGCGCCCCGAAACCAUCCUGCCCGUACUGCGGGACCCUGCCGUACUGGAGGUGCUGGGGCCGCACCUGCCCGAGGAACACAGAACCCCGGAGGCUCUCGUGGCCUUGGCUCACAGUCCGCAGUUCCAGCAGCAACUGGGCAGCUUCAGUACGGCACUACAGACCGGGCAACUGGACUUGUCGCAGUUUGGAUUGAGGGCCACGGGAUACUCCGUAGCCGACUUCCUGUCCGCUAUCCAGGACCUUGUGAACCGGGAGCGGCAGCAGAAUCAAAACCAGGCUCAGGGAGGGGGACCAGCCGGAGCAGAGGGAGGCCAGCAGCCGCAGGCGCCAGGGGGGAGCGGGGCGCCGGGGGCUGGUGGGGACGUGGGCGGGGGCGGGGGCCCGGCUCCUAUGGAACAGUAA